UAUAUAAAUCAGAAUCAGAUUUUGUCGUAUUUGAAUAAACAUAACAUAACUCUAACGGCUUAUUCACCGAUCGGUGGCACCCGUUAUCCGGAUCUUCUCAAAGAUAAGAAACUCAUUGAAAUCGGAACCAAACAUAACGUGACCUCAGCUCAGGUGGCCCUCAGAUUUGAGAUCCAGAGGGAUGUGAUUGUUAUCCCUAAUUCACAAAACCCUAAAUAUAUCAAAGAAAACGCAGAUUUAUUUAACUUUAAAUUAACGGAUGAAGAGAUCAAAGAAAUCGAGGCUUUAAAUAAGGAUUAA